AUGCCAAAAACUGGAGCUAAGGAGCAGGACCAAACCCUGACUGGCACACCUGAAGUAAACCAGUCCCAGGUGGGGGUCGUGCUCCUGCUGGCAGGCAUUGCUGCACUCAAUCGUGUGCGCAUGGAGAUCCCUCUGGAGAAGGAGAACCAGGAGAAAUUGGUCAAAUUCAUGAUCCGCAUCGGCGUUUUCUCUGUCCUCUACCUGGUCCCUCUGCUGAUCGUCUUGGCCUGCUACCUCUACGAGAGCAGCUCCAGAACCAUCUGGGAGACCACCUGGGUCCAGGAGAAGUGCCGAGACUACCACAUCCCCUGCCCAUAUCAGGUGCAGCAGACCCGCCGGCCGGACCUGGUCCUCUUCCUCAUCAAGUACCUGAUGAUGCUGAUUGUGGGAAUCCCCUCGGUGUUCUGGGUGGGCAGCAAGAAGACCUGCUUCGAGUGGGCCACCUUCUUCCACGGCAAGCGGCGCAAAGAUGUGAUGGUCAACGGGAGCCGGCAGGUGCUCCAGGAGCCAGACUUUGCGCAGCUGCUCUACAGAGACCCCAACACACCCAUCGUCAGGAAGUCCAGAGGGACGUCCACCCAGGGGACGUCUACCCACGCCUCCUCCACCCACCUGGCCAUGCUGGAUGAACCCCCCAGCCCCAGCAGCAGCCGGGCUGGUUCGGUCCGCAGCGCCCGCUCCAAGAUGAGCAGUUACCACGGCAGUCUGCACCGCUCCAGAGACAGCAGACACACCGGCUCCAGUUUCCGGGCAGGAGACGAGCGGCUGCUUUAUGGGAGCGCUCCUCGCCUCAGCGACCAGUCCAGACACUGCAGCACCACCCGACUGGACUUCCUGUCCAAACACGACUCCGCCCUCAGACUGGAGAGCCAAUCACGGCACAGCAGCAUCAGGGACCUGAGCGCCGUCCUCGGAGUCCACAGAAUGAUGGAGGAGGACGGAGCUGCAGCCUGA